GGCGCCGCAGACAAUAACCGGACUGGAAACCUAACCCGGCCGGAUCCAAUGGAAAUGCUUCCUAACUGAUGAUGUGAUAACAGUGCCUGGAAGCCAAAGGCUGAAUUUUCAACUGAAAAUACCUGAGUUGUCCCCAUCACCAUGGAGACUCAAAGGGAUGAAACUUCUCAGGCCAAGGGAGCUUCUGGAGACACCCAGGACCAAGGAGCAGAGAAAAGAGCCAAGAACAAGGCAGCUGAGCUUAUAGAAGGACCAACAUCAGAGCUACCCAUAUCUGGCCCAGGUAGGCUGAAGAAGACUGCCAUGAAACUCUUUGGUGGCAAGAAAGGCAUCUGCACCCUGCCGAGUUUCUUUGGAGGGGGACGAAGCAAAGGUUCUGGAAAAAGCACCUCUAAGAAGGGGCUUAGCAAGAGCAAGACCCAUGAUGGUCUGAGUGAAGCAAUCCGUGGCUCUGAUGACAUUGUCAAUGAGGGAACUAGCCUUUCUUUACCUUUGCCUGAAUCACCCUGCCGGCUUUCCAGCUCCCAUAGUGCUCAUGGGGAUUUGGAGACAGGCUCCAGGUGUAAGACAUCUAUAUCUGGAGCCAUAGAGAAAGUGGGGACUGAGAAGCCUCCCUGUGUGCCCAAACCAAAGAAAGGUCUGAAAGGGUUUUUUAGUAGUAUCCGUCGUCACCGAAAGAGCAGGGUCUCUAGGGCUGAACAAAGUGAGCCAGGGGACAAGAGGCCUGAAGAAACCAGAGCCAGGCUUCAUGAACUUGUGAGCUCAGCCCUUAUACCCCAUGCUGAGGAGACCCUUACAUUCACAAGAAAGGAAAAUGUCAAAUCUCAGAAUGCUCCUGUGCCAAAAAUUCCUUUAGCACCAGAACCUUCUCCACUAAUUACUGAGAAGACAGCCUAUAAAGAUCCAAAAAAAUCUAUGGAGACUUGUGCCUCAGCAUUUUUGCAGCCUAAGCCUGACCCUAAUUCCAGUAGCCUAGAGGGACUCCAUAGCUCAGCAACAGGGGAAAAGGUAAUAGCUGAAGAGGCAAUUCUGCCUAAUGGCCCUGUGGGGGACCAGCUGAGCCUCCUUUUUGGGGAUGUCACAUCCUUGAAAAGCUUUGAUUCUCUGACAGGUUGUGGUGACAUCAUAGCUGAGCAGGAUAUGGACAGUAUGACAGAUAGCAUGGCAUCUGGAGGACAGAGAGCCAACCGAGAUGGUACUAAGCGAAGUUCCUGCCUGGUGACUUACCAAGGAGGUGGGGAGGAAAUGGCCUUGCCAGAUGAUGAUGAUGAAGAAGAUGAAGAAGAGGAGGUAGAAGAGGAAGAGGAAGUCAAAGAGGAAGAAGACGAUGACUUAGAAUAUUUGUGGGCAAGUUCCCAGAUGUACCCAAGACCCAAUCUGAACCUGGGCUACCAUCCUACCACAUCUCCAGGCCGCCAUGGCUACGUGCUCCUUGACCCAGUUCAGUCUUACUCUGGUUUAGCCCCUGGGGACCUUUUGACUCCUCAGAGUGACCAGCAAGAAUCUGCUCCCAAUAGUGAUGAGGGCUAUUAUGAUUCUACCACACCUGGAUUUGAAGAUGAUUCUGGUGAGACCCUGGGACUUGUCCACAGGGAUUGCCUACCCCGAGAUAGCUACAGUGGAGAUGCCCUCUAUGAGUUCUAUGAACCUGAUGAUAGUCUUGAAAACUCUCCACCUGGGGAUGACUGCCUUUAUGACCUCCAUGGUCACAGCUCUGAGAGAUUUGACCCUUUUUUGAACUUUGAGUCCUUUCCUUCCUCUCGGCCACCUGGGGCAAUGGAGACAGAGGAGGAACGGCUAGUGACUAUUCAGAAACAGUUGCUGUAUUGGGAGCUUAGGCGGGAGCAGCUUGAGGCCCAAGAAGCAAGGGAAACUCGUGCACGAGAGGCUCAUGCCAGACAGGCCUAUACCCAAGAAGAGCAUGCCAGGGAGCACUAUACCCGAGAAGCCCACACCCGGGAAGCAUAUGUCAGAGAGAUCCGAGCCCGUGAGGCCUGUACCAGAGAGGCUUGUGCUAGGGAGGCUAAGGCCCGAGAGACUCAAAUCCAAGAGGUCCAAGCCCAACAGGAAAAACCUAUCAUGGAUUAUCAAAUAAGGCCCUUAGGCCCAUCAGUGAUUAGUCUGGUGGCUGAGGCGUCAGGGACCUCUCAGACUACUCCCCGGGGAACCACCUCAGCUUUUCCUACCACAGGGAGCAGUGAGCCAGACUGGAGGGAUUUCCGUCCUCUAGAGAAGCGUUUUGAGGGAAACUGCUCCAAGAAAGAUCAGAGUACCUGUCUGAUGCAGCUCUUCCAGAGUGAUGCUAUGUUUGAGCCAGAUGUGCAAGAAGCGAAUUUUGGAGGGUCUCCUAGGAGGGCCUACCCAACUUAUUCACCCCUAGAGGAGCCAGAGGAAGAGGAGGUUGAGAAGGAAGGGAAUGCCACAGUGAGUUUCUCUCAGGCCCUUGUGGAAUUCACCAGCAAUGGGAACCUUUUUUCCAGUAUGUCCUGCAGUUCUGACUCUGACUCUUCCUUUACUCAAAACCUCCCUGAAUUGCCCCCCAUGGUGACCUUUGACAUUGCUGAUGUAGAACGAGAUGGGGAAGGCAAGUGUGAAGAGAAUCCUGAGUUUCACAAUGAUGAAGACCUUGCAGCCUCCUUGGAAGCUUUUGAGCUGGGAUACUACCAGAAACAUGCCCUCAACAACUACCACAGCCGUUUCUACCAAGGCUUGACAUGGGGUGUGAGCAGUCUCCCUCGAUAUUUAGGACUGCCUGGCAUGCAUCCUCGACCUCCACCUGCUGCCAUGGCCCUCAACAGGAGGAGCCGCUCACUAGACACUGCAGAGACUCUGGAACUGGAGCUCUCCAAUUCCCACCUGGCCCAGGGCUACAUGGAGUCAGAUGACCUACAGGCUCAGCAAGAAGAUACAGAGGCAGAAGAAGAAGAGGAAGAAUGGGGCCGAGAUAGCCCCCUGUCCCUUUAUACUGAACCCCCAGGGGCCUAUGACUGGCCUGCCUGGGCGCCCUGUUCUCUCUCAGUGGGGCCAGACCCUGCCUGGAUAAAUCCCAGCCAGUUGGAUGGGCCUUCUAGGCAAUCUUCAUAUGGGCAAACAGCCUGUUGUAUACCUCCUGUGGCCGUGCCGAUGUUGCUGCCAGUACCAAGGCCAGAGCCAAGGGUACUUAGGCAAUCUGGGCCUCAGCUUACUCGGCCUUCACACCUACCGCUGCCCAUGGGCCCUUGUUAUAACACCCAAACACAGGCCUACCAGAGUGUAAGGGCCAGGCCUCGAGAUAAGCUACUGCUGCCUGUUGAUGAGCCCAGUUGCUCCUCUCGUUCUGGAGGCUUCAGUCCCAGCCCUCUGUCUCAGGCCAAGCCUGUGGGCAUCACCCAUGGUAUUCCUCAGCUUCCCAGGAUUCGGCCUGGGCCCCCACAGGCUCAGUCCAUUUGUUAUGGGGCAUCCAGCUUUGACCUGUCAAAGGAGAGGGCCGAGCAAGUUGUCUCUCUCCCCACCAGCUACUCCUCCACUGCCAUGAAUGGAAACGUAGCCAAGUAGUCAUCGGUACUGGAGUGGGGGGGGGGGAGCA